GGGGAAAGCAGAAGGAAGGAGACGGAAGAGGCGGGACGAGGGAUUCAGUAGCGCGAAUUUGGAAGUGGAUAAAAGGAAGAGAAAUCUUAACUUCCCAGUUCGCCACGUGGCCCUGGGCGCAAGUUUCGAAAAGUCAGCGGCGGGAGCGGAUUACAUUAAACCGUCGUCUCCGAUCAUUUUCUUCUCCGAUAGCGUUUCUGGUGGAAUCUGGUGCUAGCUGGCCGUUUCUCCGAUCAUCUUCGCCAUAAAGUUCCGGCCAACAAUUGGUGGAGCCUUCCUCCAGGCUGAUUGGUUGAUUAAUCGUUAGUAGCAAAGCAAGAUGACUGCCUUCAAGUUUGGGAAGUUUCGAUGUUCAUCAUAUGGUUUCAUCAAUAUGCUUGUUGAAGUGUUCUCUUACCUAGGUCCAUUUCAUUAUGUAGCCCGAGGUAGGUUGGAAUUCAGGUCAUAUCUCCUACCCCGACAGUCUUGGUAAGUGCAGCAAUGGGAGGCGAUGUAGUGAAGGCUGAAUCACCUAGAAGAGUAUGGGUACCAGAAACGAAGAUCGAGUCGAAAAUGCUUGAUGCCAUGAAGCAGAGAGAAGCUGCAGGAUGUUCCUUGAGAUCAUUCAACAGCAUACUCUUGAAGUUCCCCAAGAUUGACCAUAGCUUAAAGAAAUGCAAAGCCAUUUUUGAACAAUUCGAUUUGGACUGCAAUGGCACCAUUGAUCAUGAAGAGCUGAGAAGAUGCUUCGACAAGCUGGAAAUCUCUUUCACUGAAGAGGAGAUCAAUGAUCUCUUCGCGGCGUGCGAUAUUAAUGACGACUAUGGAAUGAACUUCCAUGAGUUCAUAGUACUUCUCUGCCUGGUGUAUCUUCUCAAGGCUGCUGCUGCUGUUGCUGCUGAUCCUAACAAACCGAAGAUGGGGAUGCCAAACUUGGAGGCUUCCUUCGAAACACUGGUCGAUGCAUUUGUGUUCUUUGACAAGAACAUGGAUGGCUACGUGAGCAAGAAUGAGCUGAUACAAGCCAUACAAGACUCAGGGGAACGUGCUGCUGGACGAAUAGCCUUGAAGAGAUUCGGUAAUUCUCUCCCUCCACCGCUCCACAUUGUUGUGUUGGAAGCUCGUUCGGCUUGUGGGUUUGAAUUGCUUUUAACUAUGAACAUGAUAAUGGCAGAGGAGAUGGACUGGGAUAAAAAUGGGAUGGUGAACAUCAAGGAGUUUCUGUUUGCUUUUACUAAGUGGGUUGGCAUUGAGGACGAUGAUGACGACGAAGAAGAAGAAGGUGAUGAGAAUGCCAAGGAUGGUGAAUGAAGGACAGAGAUGCAAAGAAUGCCUUUCUGCCACGCCAUGGUUGAGAAGAGCUACUUGCUAGCGAUUACAUUUAGCCCUGUAGGAAUAAAUGACUAUAGACAGAGUGAUCGAGCUUGUAAUGUAGAUAGCUAUCAAUGUUACUUCCAUUCUUUGUAUCUCUAUGUCUUGUUAAUAUUUCAUAGUACGGGUACUAGAAAAGCAAUUAACCCUUCUGUUAACCU